AUGGGUGGGGCCAACGAGACAGCCGUGACAGAGUAUGUCCUGCUGGGCCUACACGGCCACCAUAACAUAGAGAUGGUCCUGUUUGUGCUCUGCCUGGGCAUCUACUCCGUGAACGUGCUGGGGAAUGCCCUCCUCAUUGGGCUGAACAUGCUGGACCCCCGCCUGCACAGCCCCAUGUACUUCUUUCUCAGCAACCUCUCUCUCUUGGACAUCUGUGGCACAUCCUCCUUCGUGCCUUUCAUGCUGGUCAACUUCCUGGAAGCCCACAGGACCAUCUCCUUCCCUGGUUGUGUCCUGCAGAUGUACCUGACCCUGGCACUGGGCUCCACGGAGUGCGUGCUCUUGGCCGUGAUGGCGUAUGAUCGUUAUGUGGCUAUCUGCCAGCCGCUUAGGUACCCAGAACUCAUGAGUGGGCCGACGUGCGUGCGGAUGGCAGUGCUGAGCUGGGGAACGGGCUGUGCCAACUCACUGCUGCAGUCCAUUGUCACCUGGAGCCUCCCGUUCUGUGGCCACCAUGUCAUUAACCACUUCUUCUGUGAGAUCUUGGCAGUGCUGAAACUGGCCUGUGGGGACAUCUCUCUCAAUGCACUGCUUCUAAUGGUGGCCACAGCGGUCCUGUCACUGGCCCCGCUCUUGCUCAUCUGCAUGUCCUACAUUUUCAUCCUUAAUGCCAUCCUUAGGGUGCCCUCUGCUGCAGGCCGGCGCAAAGCCUUCUCCACCUGCUCUGCCCACCUCACAGUGGUAGUGGUUUUCUAUGGGACUAUCUCCUUCAUGUACUUCAAGCCCAAGGCCAAGGACCCUGACUUGGAUAAGAUUAUUGCAUUGUUCUAUGGCAUUGUGACACCCUCACUGAACCCCAUCAUUUACAGCCUGAGAAAUGCAGAGGUAAAAGCUGCUGCCAUAGCUCUGCUGGGGGGGAAUCUGCUCUGCAGGAAAAUGCCCCACUUUUCUCAACCUCUAUCGGGCAGGAGAGUCUAG